ACCUCCAAUUCGAAUUUAUACUCCAACUUUACUUGUUUCUUUACUAUGUGACACUAUGAAACAAAAAAAGGAGAAAAAUCAAUCAUAACUAUAACAAUAAUUUGACAGCUUUAGAAAAACGAUAAUUAGAGGCAAUAUUUUUAAAAUAAAUAAACAUCAACUAAUUCUAUCGUAAUAAAAUAUUGACUUCGGCCUGCAUGCUCUAUCUCCGUCCGUCUUUCGAAAUGAGACAGUGAUGGCUGAGCGCUCGUGCCAGACGGACCUGUACUACGUGUCCCCAAAACAAAUAUAAGAUUUACUUAUAAAAACUGUGCUGUGUUGUGUGUCCUAGUGAUAUACCGUGUGCACCAAAACCUUUAAGUUAUAAUGGGUAACAAGCAAUUGAAUAAAAAGAAAACAUCUCGAAAAAGACAACUCGGAAGAUUCCAACAAACAAUGGAACUAACGAAAAGAAGAAAAUUGGAUAAUUUCACAGCCGAACAUGAUACUACAUCUUUAGACUACAUCGAACUGCAAAAUAUGGAAAUGGAAUCUCCGAUUUCAUCAACCACUGACAUUCAAAGUAACGAUGAGGCGACCGGCUCAAACAUUUUGAACCCACGCAUUGCACAGGUGGAUGACACUUAUCGGGUUACUAGUCUAUUAGAGGAAGAAGAUACCCAUGAGUUACAAAUAUUGUUCAAUGUGGAAGAAGAGCUUCCUGACAAAACCGUCGGUCGAAGAAUUGUCGCAGUUAGUUACCAUUCGAUUCGAUUCCUCAGAUUUUAUCCAAUAAAAGAUUGUAUGGAAACUAUAUACAUAAACGCAAUAUUUCACCUGCAAUUUUCUUGUUUUGUUCAUACUUCAAGAUGGACUCUUUGUGACCUUGACGUCACGGUCACAUAUCGUUUUGUUCGGGUCGUUUCGCGAGUGAAGUACGACUGUCGGACUUUGACUAUCAUUUCUGAUUUUUAUAUUCCUUUAAUGCAAUGGAUCCCAAUCCCAUAUAGACUUUUGAUCCUAAAGACAAACCUGAUCGAUUGAUACCAUAAAUGAAAAUUAGUCAUCUAGCCUAUUAUCGAUAAGUAUAUAUGUUUUUCUUCAUCAAAUUAUCAAUAAUUUUCAGUUUUUAGAUUGUUCCCUCUAUAAACUCCUAAUAGUCUACCUUGGUGCCAAAUUUAAAAUUUCUAGGUCAGCUGGAAGUGGGUUAGGUUUUUGAUCUAUUAGUCAGUCAGUCACAAAAAUGCCGGUUUUAAAACGUUAAUUUAUGAAUAACUGUUUGAGCUACGUUUACGAAAUUGUUGUGAAGUUGUUUGUUUAACCCUCGUGCCUUGAAACCCUCGCAAAGCUCAAGAUUCCAUUUUCGGUAUUGAGAAGGACCAAUAUCGAAAUAUCCGGAUCCCGGGAUUUAUUAUUCGUUGUUAGGUUGAAACUUGGUUAGGGCAUGCAAUAUCGGAUCAUUCUCAAUCCCGGGAUUGAUUUCCGAUAUUGCAUGUUAAUCCCGGGAUUUCAAUAUUAAUACCGGUAUUUUGAUAUUAAUUCGGAUUUUUGCGAUAUACGAGAAAAAAAGCUAAUAUAUUUGACAAUAGAGUAGAUCCGAGUACCUAUUUGAUAUAAUUUCAAUUUGAGGCCUCUACACGUUCCUGAGAAAAAAGGUCUUGAGUCUUGAGUGAUUCCACGAACCUAUGGAACCCUGUAAAAUGAAUAAAUUUGAUUU